AGAUGUGGGAAAAUAUGCAAAGCAAUUUGUACAUGUUCACUGUUCGCUAUUUAAAUGGUGAUGACUCUAGGACCCGAAAAUCCACGAGACUUUGGUCUUGUAUCGGCUCUUCCACCUACGCGCUAUAACAAGACUAAGGUGUAUGUUCUGGGGCCGUUUGAAUCAAAACGAGCAGACCCAUCGCUGUGGUGUCCUAUAUCGGCCGCCAUAGCAUAACUGCUCCGCCGGCAGAUCACUGAUUGCUUCAGUUCCAUCAAUGCCUAAAGAGGGCGCUUCGUGCAAAAGUGAUGCCAAAACGUUGGAAGAAUAACACGAGAUGGCAAACUUUCAGUGGCCUUGGCAGUAUGAAUUUCCCCCAUUUUUUACGUUACAGCCCAACUUGGAGACAAGGAAGAAGCAGUUGGCAGCAUGGUGUGACCUGGUCCUAGCCUACCACAAACAUCACAAGAUCUUCAAUCUAGAUGUCAAAGAAAUCCAGUCUUCAUCACUCUUCAAGAAUGCAAAGAUAGACCGAAAACUUUCCAUAGAUGCAAUUUAUACCAUUCUAGAAGAACUUGGGGCCAAAGGACAUAUAGAAUGGACUGACAAGACGAGGACACAGUGUCUUGUCAUGUGGAGAACUCCUGAAGAGUGGGGCAACCUUAUUUAUAGAUGGGCGGCCAGUAAUGGUAUGACAAAUUCUGUCUGUACCCUGUACGAACUAACCCACGGGGAUGACACGAAGCAAGAAGAGUUCUAUGGUCUGGAUGACUGGCUCUUGAAAAGGGCAUUGAGGACACUAGAAAAACAGAGGAAAGCCGAAGUCAUGUCAUUUGGCACGAGCGAAGGUGUCAAGUUCUUUUGAUCUGUACUACAUAAUUUGAGAGGCCAUAUUGCCAAAGAUGUGCAGUGUAUAGACAGUGCAGUGGCUUAAGUACACAGUUAACCAUCCCAGGAGUGAGGUGGGAUGAGAACUUCUCAGUAAUGAGUCGUAAAUCUGAAGCUGAGCCAAGGCACAAUUCGCUGAUGCAAAGCCUUUGUAAACCUCUGGGCACCUUGC